CUAUGGAGGAAGUAGAGGAAACUUUGUCACCGCCCACUCUAGUUGAUGUUAUAAGGCCAGUUGGACCAUAUCAGUAGACCUAGAGGUUGUCAUGUCAUGCCUCUCAAAUUAUUUCUAGAACACCAACGUUUUAGACGACUCUAAUUCUGAACCCUCACAAGUUAGAAUCAUGAAAGAGUUUAGUAUCUUCUCCAUCUGGGUGUUUAUCAACCUGCUGCUUCUGAAGAGCUCAUCAUGUGCCGCUGACUCAAGUGUUGUGAAUCCCUGUUGUUACUACCCUUGCCAGAACUCAGGAGUGUGUGUGAGAUUUGGUGCAGAUCGCUACGAAUGUGACUGCACUCGCACUGGCUUCUAUGGGAAGAACUGCUCUGUUCCGGAGCUCUGGACAAGAGUUCGUCUCAUGCUUAAGCCGAGCCCUGCAGUGGUUCACUUCAUCCUCACCCACUUCAAGUUGUUCUGGGACCUCGUCAACAGCACCUUCCUGCGAGACACAUUCAUGAGAUUAGUGCUGAUAGUCAGGAGCGACCUUAUUCCAAGCCCUCCGACCUACAACACCAAAUAUGGAUACCUUAGCUGGGAGUCCUACUACAACGCCUCCUACUACACCCGUCUCCUCCCUCCUGUGCCCAAAGACUGCCCUUUGCCGAUGGGAACUAAAGGUAAACCAGAGCUUCCUGAUCCCAAAGUGUUGGCCGAGAGGUUUUUUAGGAGAAAGACAUUCAGGCCCGACCCCCAGGGAACCAAUGUGAUGUUUGCCUUCAUGGCCCAACACUUCACCCACCAGUUUUUCAAGACAAAUCAAAAAGUUCAAGGUGGCUUCACCAAGGCUUUAGGACACGGGGUAGAUGCAGGUAAUAUCUAUGGAGAUAACCUCAUGCGACAGCUUCAACUCCGGCUUCAUGAAGAUGGGAAACUUAAAUAUCAGUUAAUAAAUGGUGAGGUGUACCCUCCUUCAGUAUCUGAAGUCCCUGUGGACAUGGUUUAUCCUGAGAGUUUCCCUCCAGAGAAGCGUCUGGUCACGGGUCAGGAGCUGUUUGGCCUCCUGCCGGGCCUCACCAUGUACGCCACCAUAUGGCUGAGAGAGCACAACAGAGUCUGUGACAUCCUGAAGGCAGAACAUCCCACCUGGGACGAUGAGCAGCUCUUCCAGACCGCCAGACUCAUCAUCAUUGGUGAGAUCAUUAACAUCAUAAUAGAAGAGUACGUGCAGCACCUGAGUGGUUACUAUCUGGACCUGAAGUUCGAUCCCACUCUGCUCUUCAACUCACGUUUCCAGUACAGCAACCGCAUCGCUCUGGAGUUCGCCCACCUCUACCACUGGCACCCACUGAUGCCCGACAGCUUCCUCAUUGAUGGCGAAGAAAUCCCAUACUCCCAGUUCAUGCACAACACCUCCCUCCUCUUGCACUACGGGGUGGAGAAACUGGUGGAUGCCUUCUCUCGACAACCUGCAGGACAGAUAGGUGGAGGUCGUAACUCUAAUGAAAUAGUGCUCAGAGUGGCGGAGAUGGUCAUCAGAGAGUCGCGAGCAACACGUGUGCGGCCCUUCAAUGAAUACAGGAAGAGGUUCAACCUGAAGCCAUACACCUCUUUUUAUGAGUUGACUGAUGAUGUAGAAAUAGCCAGAGAUUUAGAGGAGCUCUACGGUGACAUCGAUGCUUUGGAGUUCUACCCCGGCGUCAUGCUGGAGAAAACACGUCCCAACAGGCUGUUUGGUGAGAGUAUGGUGGAGAUGGGUGCUCCCUUCUCCCUGAAAGGCCUGCUGGGAAACCCCAUCUGCUCCCCUGAGUACUGGAAGCCCAGCACCUUUGGGGGCGAGACGGGCUUCAACAUCGUCAAAACGUCCACUUUGAAGAAACUGGUGUGCCUCAACACCAAGUGGUGUCCAUACGUGGACUUCCAUGUUCCACGAAACGAGGAGGAGGCAAAACCAAGGGAACCAUCCACUGAGCUUUAAUUGAUAUUCACCUGGUGGUUUGUAAUUUGGCGGCAUGGUAGUGCAGUGGUUAGCACUGUCACCUCACAGCAGGAGGGUUCCUGUUUUGAAUCCAGGGUGGGAGAGCCCUUCUGUGUGGAGUUUGUAUGUUCUCCCUGUGUCAGCGUGGGUUUUCUCUGGGUACUCCAGCUUCCUCCCACAGUCCAGAGACAUGCAGGUUAAUUGGUGACUCUAAAUUGGCUGUAGGUGAGAAAGUGAGCGUGAAUGGUUGUCUGUCUCUAUGUGUCAGCCCUGUGAUAGUCUGGCGAUAGGCUCCAGCCCCUAACAGGAUAAGUGGUUACGGAUAAUGAAUGAAUGAAUGAAUGAAUGAAUGAGUGAUCUGUGAUUUGAUUAAUCAGCUUUAUUUCUUUACUGACUGAGGGAGAUAUUAACAUGUCAAUGUGCUAUAAAGUUUAGUCAUAAUUCCAUUUAAGUGACAGCUCAUCCCCCAAAACACAUUUUUCCUCUUACCUAUAGUGCUAUUUAAAAAUCUAGAUCAUUUUGGUGUGAGUUGCAGAGUGUUGGAGAUACUGGCUGUAGAGAUGUCUGCCUUCUCUCUAAUGAUUAAUGGCGCUCGAAACAAUACUUGAAAAACUCGACAGCAAUGUCUCUUUCCAGGAAACAUGACCUGGUUACUCAAGAUAAUCCACAGACCUUGUUGUGAGCAGUUUUAUUUUGGAACUAUUUUCUUUCUACUGAACUACACCCACUACUGUGCAGAGGGAAGUGUGCAUCCACUGCUAGCUCACUGAGCACCACUGAGCUGGAGAGGAUUACAGUUCACCUGAAAAAGGUGCCAGUAACACUUACAUCUCACGCUGUCACAAGCACAAGCCUCUCACCCAUGAGUAGAUACAUGCUUCCUUUUGUGCGGUGAAACAGUUGGAGGGUGUGGUUCAGUAGUGAGAAAAUAGCUCCUACAUGAAAGUGCUCACAACAAGGUCUGUUGGUUAACUUGAGUAAUCGGGUCAUGAUUUCUGGAAAGAGACAUUGCUGUUGAGUUGUUCAAAUGUAGUUUUUGGUGAGUUGACCACAAGCCGAGUGCCAUCUAGUUCCAUUAUAUUGGAGAGACAGCUGACCUCUCUAAGGCCGAUAUCUCCAACACUCGACAACUCACACCAUAAUGAUGUAGAUUGAUAAACAGCACUACAGGUAUGAAGAAACGUGUAUUUUUGAUUUUGGGGUGAACUGUCCCUUUAAAAUUAAGUUCAGGAGUGGGUUAAGUUAUUGUAAUGCUACAUGUGCUGACUCAAAAUCAUGCCUGCAGUGAAUGACAGACUUUACAUUUAAGCAGGACUGUCUCUCAAAAUUACAGUUUACAAAUUUCAUAGUUUCUACAGCAAGACAAUUUCUGUGGAUCUCCGAAAUAUAUUUUAAUUUCCUAAUGGUUUAACUCAGUGGGACUAUUUUGCUUUAGUUAUUAUUGUGUAUUUUAUUUUACUCUGUUUUUUCCUUUUUUAGAGGAGUUUUUACAUCACAUAUUUCCUAUGACACAGAAAAAAUACCUAACAUUACUGUAAAAAAAAAAAAAAAAAAACCUCUUCAAAGAAAAGAGUGAAUAUACUGUAUAUUAAAUCGCCAAAAGUUAUUAUUUUUGUUUCACAUGAAUAGAAACACAUCUCAUUUUGGAUAAGAUUACACCCCAUGAAUGUUUGUAAUCUCUGCUAAAAAGAAAAUGAAGUUUGCCACACCACUGGGGUGGUGCCUUGCUCAAGAGCACCUUUGUACGAGAAAAGGGUGCAGACUGAGGCGGCUGUGGCUCAGAAGGUAGCGCAGGUCAUCCACUAAUUGGAAGAUGCCAGUUGGCUCCUGCAGUCUGAAGUAUCCUUGGGCAAGACACUGAACCCCAAAUUGCUUCUGGUGGCUGUUCCAUCAGUGUGUUUGAGUGUGUGUGAAUGGGUGAAUGUGACAUGUAAUGAAAAAGCACUGAGUGGCCGGGAGACUAGAAAGGCAUUAUACGAGUGCAGUCCAUUUACCAUUAAACCAGUUCAACACUGCUCUGCAACAGUAAUGAUUAGAUCCCUCACUGGAUUCCCAGCUACAGUAACUGCUGGGAAUUUGAUCCAAGUUUGUGCAGCGGUGGGUUACCUCAACACUUCCAGGGCUUCAGUUGUAUAAACCUGUGUGUGUGUAUGCAUGUGUGUGUCCUUGCUUUCUCAUAAUAAAAAUUAUCAAAUCAAUCAAUAGAAGUCUGAAAAUGUCCUUCAGUGUGAUACUGGUAUAACAGACCGAGGACUCAAAUACAAGACUCGAAACAAAAUACAGAUUGAGUCAAAGAGGUUUACUUAGCAAGCAGAGGUAUCAAAAAAUAUUUGGCGAAGAUAUGGCAAAAACAAAACUGAACUAGGUUAAUUACCAAAAGAAGUUUCACUAGGGGAUAAAUGCUGGGACACUGGACGCUGAGGUACUAAAACGAACUGGCACAAGUAAAACACAGGGUGAGGAAAGGGUCAUGAGGGGACAAGUGAAACUGAUCAGGGCGGGGUACGUAAUUAUACAGAUGAGAAACAGCAGGAAAUUAAAUUAUCUGAAAUGAGCAAAAAGAUUAUCAUACAAAACAAAACGGUAAUUAGUUAUUAACAGAGUUGGGUAUAACGCAUUACUUUGUAACGUGUUAGAGUACUUUGAUUACUUUUUGCAGUAACGAGUAACCUAACGCGUUAGUUUGCUGUUUGAGUAAUCAAAUACUUAAGUACAUUUUCAAACAAGACAUCAGUUACUUGUGUUACUUUUAGAACGCUGGUCCUUCAGCUCUGAAACAGUAACGGCUGUCGUUUGGUCUAAUAACGGAGAUAACGUUAAACCUAUCAGUCUGAAAGAAGCCACAGAGCUUGUGGCUCGCUACGUGGUCGGAGAAAUGCUGCUGUUGGUACUCACCAAUUAUCCCUGGUCGUCUUUCACGGCGUGUGUGAUGUCAUCGGGUUAUUCUUGUCCUGUUUUUAUUACGUUCACUAUUAUUUGAGUCACUGCCAGAACUGUGUGUGUUCAUGUGUCAGCCGACAUGUUGUCGUCACCUAAAAGCGUCAGCAGAUGGCAGGAGCUACAUUUGAAGCGCCACACGUAAACUAUCAAGCUAAUGUAUCUUCCACAGGAAGUUCUGACAAAUGUUUCAGAAUAAAAGACUAUUUAGAAAAUGGAGGGAUUCUCUCAGCCGAGGUUAUAAGGGGCUUUUAAUGAAAUGACGGUGCGAUGUGUUAACUUUACAAAGACAACGGAGCGGAUAAAAAGUAAAUAUAUAAACACACAGAGGGAUUAAUAAAUAACGGACCGUCUAUAGAGCCUCUGCAGUUGUGGUGAGUAAAAGUCCCGCCACUAUUUGUUGAUGUUAUUACUUUAUGUCCGACCUGAGGAUGUACCAUUGUUUGCUAGCUUGAUGCUAAUGACAGUAAGGUUAACUCAGCGGGUUGACAAAGUGCCUCUGCUGUUUCACACCAUCAUUUCCCCCUUUUACUCUGUGUGGUAACAUCCCUAGAAGAAAUAUUAAAAACGCUGGGGUGUUGUUGUCAUACAGUUGUCUACGGCAGCAGAUCGUUCUGUGUUUCUACUGGUCAAAGUGACGGCUGUAAUGGGAGAAUUGUAUCUCAGUGAAGGGCAAGAGACAAAAAAAUGUAGGCUUAGCGCCCUGUGGUCCAUUGCCCAAUAGGAAAUGUAGAAUACUCAAAAGUACUUUAAAAGUGCUUGAGUUACUUUUCUCAGGGAGUAAUGUUGGAGGUACUUUUAAAGUAAUUGAGUUACUUUACUCAGGGAGUAACGCAGUAAAGUAAAUGGUUACUUUUUUAAAAAGUAACGCAGUAACGUACUUUGAUUACUUUUAAAGUAACCCUCACCCAACACUGGUUAUUAAUAUCUAGAAACUGAAAAAAAGAUCAGGAGUAUCUGAUCUAAGUUCAUAUUUACAUAGUGAUUUGAGUAGCUAAAUUACUUUUUGUCAUAUUUUGUGUAGUUUAUUAUUAAAACUACAAACAAUUUUGGGCCAUAAAAGAAAUUCUUCUUUAUUUUAUUUUACCAUUGCAUCUUUACUGUAAAUGAACCUCCUUUGAUCAAAAUCAUCACUAUUAGUUAUUGCUAUUUACUACGAGAAGUUGUUGCAUGCCUUUCUAGUCACCUUUCUUGUGGACUUUGUUUCUGGGUUUGUGUUUUUCAUGUAUUCAUUCAUGUUUAGUCUGAUUUAUUUUGUAGGUUAACGCCCUACGUAUUAUGUCUGGUUUUACUUCCUGCUUUCGUGUGUUUUCCCGCCUUUGUGAUUGCCUGUUCUGCCCUGAUUAGUUUCACCUGUUCCUUGUUUACACCCUCCUUUCCCUGUGUAUUUAGGGUUUGUGUUUUGGAACCAGUUUCAAUA